GCAUCUCAUCGCAGUUCCCGCACAGGACAACAAGAGAAUCACGGUGCUCCCAAUCCACUGUAAAACUUUGCGUCCGCGGGCUGUGAGCGGUAUUCAGAUGAGACACCCUGAGAGAUCACAGUCGCCAUGAAUUGGGCUUUUCUUCAGGGUCUCCUCAGUGGGGUCAACAAGUACUCCACUGUGUUUGGCCGUGUGUGGCUGUCCGUAGUCUUCCUCUUCAGGGUCAUGGUCUUUGUUGUUGCCGCCGAGAAGGUGUGGGGUGACGACCAGAAGGACUUCACGUGUAACACGGCUCAGCCUGGGUGCCAUAACGUUUGUUACGAUCACUUUUUCCCAGUGUCCCACAUACGCCUGUGGGCGCUGCAGCUCAUCUUCGUCACCUGCCCAUCUUUACUCGUGGUGCUGCACGUGGCGUACCGUGAGGAACGAGAGCGAAAGAAUCGCCUGAAGUUUGGCGAUAACUGUCAACGGCUGUACGAAAACACCGGAAAGAAGCGCGGUGGUCUGUGGUGGACGUACGUCCUCUCGCUGGUAUUUAAGAUGAGUGUGGAUGCAACCUUUGUGUACCUGCUCUACCACAUCUAUGAGGGCUAUGACUUCCCUUCUUUGGUAAAAUGCUCUGAGGUUCCCUGCCCUAACGUGGUCGACUGCUUCAUCUCAAGGCCAACGGAGAAGAGGAUCUUCACCAUCUUCAUGGUGUUGACAAGUCUGUUGUGCAUCCUGCUCUCCCUCUGUGAGAUUCUCUACUUGGUGGGCAAACGUUUAUUUGAAUGCAUCAGGAGGCUGCAGGGGUCAAGCCAGGCACACAAGGCAAAGUCCAUCUCUGACAUGAGAGGCUCAAAUGCUCUUCUGGUAUCAAACUGCAAGAAACUGGCCAGCAAAGAUCAGCCAGCCCCAGCAUACAGUCACGUAGGGCUGCAACAUCUAAUGGAUAAAAUCGAAAAUUAUCGAUAAUGAAAAUAGUUGUCAACGAAUUUCAUUAUCGAUUAGUUAGUCUGUGACGUCACUCACUUGCGAGCUGCGCAGUUAUAAAUCAAGCGCGUCUUCUUCACUUUUAAAUGUCCCUCCGUGCAGCAUGAACUGCACAGUUUUAAAGUCAAACUUGUCUCUCCGUGCAGCGCGAGGUGCGCAGUUUUAAAGUCAAACAUGUUUUGUAUGCAUCUUUUAAAGCCGUGCAGUUUUAAUGUUUAAAGGGGAGUUUUAAAUUACUAAAUUAAAGAUUAUAUUUGUAAAACCCAAUUUGUGGCGUUUGCACUUUGCAAAGUACAUAAUAGGUGAAAUACCCUGAUUUGGGGGUCUAUUUAUAUCAGAGGUGGGAAGUAAGGAAGUACACUUUUUGUACUAUACUUGCGUAUUAUUUUUUCUGGAUACUUCACUGUACUUCACUACAUUUGAAUGACAAAUAUCUCACUUUAAAUGAUACAAAAAUAUAUUUCUUUGGCCAACCGCCCCAUCCCUCCCACGUUUGGGAGAGACUAUUGUUGGCUGCUUAUAAUAUGACACACCUGAAUCAAUGCAGCCUUGGUGUGUUAAUUAGGGAGACAUCCACAACAUUUUGGGGGAAGGCAAAUGAGUUCAGUUGUGUAUACUUUUCCCAUCUCUGGCUUAGUCAUUAUAAGCAAAAGAUCUAAUUAAACUUUUAUCCGAUUAAUCGGAAAAAAUAAUCGUCCAACUAAUCGAUUAUCAAAAUAAUCGUUAGUUGCAGCCCUACAGUGUGAUCAUCUCAUCAUCAUAACUGAGAUGUUUGACUCUUUUCAUGUUCACUAGAAUGUGAACUGAAACCGUACUGAUUCAGCAGACAGUUUGCAGUGGAGGAAACUGCUUAUUUUAUAUCCACUGGAUCUUUCUCAUGGUUUUUAUAUUUUGGAAAGUUGUGGCCUUAUAUGCAAAAAUGUGAGGGAAUCAAAGUGUGGAUUCAAGUCAUGACUAAAGCAAGUUGGUGCAUGAUUUAGGUGGGGCAUCUGUUAUGCCAAGUUCCAGUAACUUUAGACACCAACAGGCAGUUGGUUCUUUUAUUCAACAACAAACAACUUGUCAUAUGUCCAAUCAAAGCAUGUUAAUUACAUUAAUUACAACUGACACUAGCUUGCAAAACAUGACUUUUUGUGUUGCUAAAGCACACGUGCCUUCACCUCUUAAUAAUGAUGUAAUGGACAUUUAAAAAUGAAAACAGGAUCAGGUCAAGAUGACUAAACAUUUUCAACAGGUUAAAUAUAACACAUUUAAUUACAUUUGUUUGCAUGAAAUAAUCCCUCAAAUCUACAUUUUUACACCUGUUUGGUCACCUACAUUUUGGGUCCUAAUUUAUACUUCCAUUUGAAUGUAAAUUUUAUUUGUACAUUUAAGCCGUUUACAGUUUAAGCUGUAUUUGUGUAUGUAUUUUAUAUGGUCAUUUUAUAUUAUUACGGUUUGAUAUUUUCAAAUAGUCAAAUAUUUUUUCUUUUUUGAUCAGGUUUUUGUACUGUAUAUAAGGUGGUGUAUGUGUGCUUUGUCCUUGUCCACUUCCAACCAGUGGUGCCCAAAACAAUGUUUUAUGUCUUCCAGCAAUAUGCAGUAUUUAAGCGUUCAAGAAUUUAUUGACAAAGAUUUGGUGCUGCCAGACGAACAAAACUUAACAAGGUUUAUCAUAAACCUGUGCAAAAUGAUUCCUGAACUUCCACGCCUUAAAAAUCUGCAUCAGUUUUUUACUGCAAUGUUUUUCAUGUCAGACAAACAGGUUCAGACAUAUGCAGUAUUUCAGGUUUCAAGAAUUUAUUGACAAAGAUUUGCUGCUGCCAGAUGAUCAAAUUCAGGUGUAUGUGUGUGUUAAACAGGGAGAGAGAGAAUGUGUGUUCUCGUUCACUGAAAAAACAUGAUUUGUUUUGUAAGUAAACACUCUGAUAGGUUUAACUUCCUCUGUUUGUAUGUUAACCUUUCAGCAUUCUUUCCUUGUUACACGGAGUUGUUUAAAUUCUUUAUUACUGUUGGAGUUGUACUUUAAAUGUUGAGAUUAAAGUCUGUUUUUUAUUUUCUUA